CACCUAAAAGCGAACAGACUUACAGACGAAUCGAACUGCUGUGUCGGUGCACUUCUGAAAAGAUUGCCCAAUCCCUAAAAAGUGUCGCCUCUUUUGAGCUGUGACGAAUCUUUAAUUUGUUUCUAUUCGUUGUGAACAUUUUAUGUAAUGAAGUGAAAGUUUGACUGUUUUGUUAUUUAGAAUCAAGUCUCAUUAGUAAUUCCUUUAUUAAACUACUCUCAAAAUGGAUGAUCUUCCAAGUGAAUAUGACGUGAUCGUCAUCGGCACAGGAAUGACUGAGUCCAUCUUGGCGGCAGCUGCUAGUAGGAUCGGUAAAAGAGUGCUUCAUCUUGACAGCAAUGAGUACUAUGGAGGGAUGUGGGCUGCAUUCAACUUUGAUGGUCUCCAGAAAUGGUUGGGAGAGUGCCAGAAUAAAGCCAAUGAAUUAGAACAUGAAACUACGGACAAUUUACUGAAAGAGGGGGAGAGUCUGAUUAAAGCUGGGAGUCAGUUUGCCACCGUCUUUAACAUCGAAGAGAAAUGGUACAUUCCACAGGAAUUGCUGGAGAAAGACAGUGGUCCUCAACCAUCUAAAGAUACUCAAACGGAAGAAGAAGGUCAAGCUAAAGGAGAUCAAGAAGGAGACUUAGAGAAAGGUGAAAAGGAGUCGGCUGAAAGUGAGAAGGAAAAGGAUUCUACUCAAUCCAAGUGCUGGAGCCAAAACAAGCUAAAAACUUUGUACAGAAAAUUUAACCUUGAUCUGGCACCAAAGCUCCUGUACUCAAGAGGAUCUCUGGUGGAGCUGCUCAUCUCCUCCAACAUUGCUCGUUACGCAGAGUUCAGGAGUGUUUCUCGAGUCUUAACUUAUAUCAACGACAAACUUGAAACUGUUCCGUGUUCACGAGCAGAUGUCUUCUCUACCAAAGAAAUCUCAGUUGUAGAAAAACGAAUGUUAAUGAAACUUCUUACUUUAUGUCACGAAUAUGCCAAAGAUCCUGACAACAAAGAAUUUCAAGGUUUUGAAGACAAGACAUUUGUAGAAUAUCUCGACUCGAAAAAGCUGACACCAAAUCUGCUUCACUACGUACUAUAUGCUAUUGCCAUGUCAACCCACAAGACUCCAUGUAUGGAGGGGGUGGAGCGCACACAGCGUUUCCUCACCAGUCUCGGCCGUUACGGGAACACUCCCUUCCUUUGGCCAAUGUAUGGCAGUGGAGAACUACCUCAGUGCUUCUGUCGGUUGUGUGCAGUGUUUGGUGGAGUGUAUCACCUGAAGCGAGCAGCGAACUCUGUCAUCAUCAGCCAACAAGGAGGAGAGCCUCACUGUGCUGGUAUAGUGUCGGGCUCCCAGCGUCUGUCAACUGAGCACCUGGUAAUGGCCGUGUCUGAUGCCCCCAAGACAUUCCUUCAGUCUGCUCCUACUGGCGGCCUCUCCCGUGGUAUUUUCCUCACUGAUAGAUCAAUGUUAGCUGGCAACAAGGAAAUGCUGACUCUACUCCAGUUCCCUCCUCAGGACGCUAAUGGAGAGUUGGUCACCGUCAUUGAGGUGGGACCUUCAACCAACGCUUGUCCACAGGGCCUUUAUGUGGUGCACAUGACUUGCCGCCAGGUGAAGAGUGCCAGAGAAGACCUGGCUGUGGCGGUGUCGACUCUACUGCACACAGAGCCGUGUGAGGGUACUUACCGCUCUGACACUCUCUCUCAGGCCACACUCACCCACAAGCUGGAGGAUGGCACGGACGUGGAAGGAGCAGAGAUAAGUCAGUCGGAGAGCCAGGCAGUGAAGCCACAACUGCUCUGGUCCCUCUACUUCAACUGUCCGGAGACCUCAAGUUGUGACUUGUCAGCUGAUGUGCCCAGCAAUGUGCACUUGUGCUCUGGCCCAGACCUCGACCUGGACUUUGAGUUUGCUGUCAAACAGGCUAAGGAAAUAUUCAAGAAGAUGUACCCAGAUUGUGAGUUUCUGCCCCGAGCUCCAGACCCAGAGGAGAUUGUGCUAGACGACGACUCGGAGCCAGGUCCAGCCUUCAUUGACAACAAGACCGAGAGUGACCAUGACAAGCAAGACAUUCCCUCUGGUGACACAGAGUAGUCAUCUCACCCAUCCCCUUCCCCAUCCCUCUUUCCAGAUAUAGUUGUUAACAUCAAUUUAUCUAUUUAGUCUUUAUAUCACGUGUUAAGAUUUUAUUAUUUAUUUUUUGUAGUUAAAGAUGUGAAAAUUUUGUUAUUCCAGUAAAAUAUUUUAUUGUGCUGCAUGUUAAAAUAUCUUUUGGUACUUAUUAGUUUAUAUUAUUGUAACUCAAUAUAUCAGAAAUAAUAAUUGUACUCAGAACUAUUGUGUGAGGCAGGCGUUAAAUGGGAACACAGCUUGAAACUACAAUUACUUGAGAUAUGUCAAUGCUGCUUUUGCUUGUUUAAAUGAUACUUUUAUUGUUAUAAGAAGAGUUUAGUUACUUUACUUCAAGAACAAAAUAUUUGUUCAAACAAUUGAUGUUUACAUUGUAUACAGAAUUAUUCCACUAAACUAUUUACAAAAUACAUUUUGUAACAUCCAAAGGUUUCUUUUUCUGUAUACAUACAAAAUUAUUUAUUAUUAUUAAUUAUUUAAGAUUAUUGUUAUAAUCUCCCAAGUGAACAAUUUUAUUCACUUUUUUCAAUAGUUGAAAACUAACUCUAAAAUAUAAAUGGUUGUUAAGGUUUAAAAAAUCUUACAUUAUUUUUAUUACAUUACUUCAGUUAAAAGUGCGUGACUAGAGUUAAUGUAUUGGAACUUUAUAUAGUUUUGUUUCUUACGUAUUUGUAAAAAGUGUGUUGUUGUGAAAACAAAAAUAUAUGUGAUGUAUUUUUAGUAAAUAUUUGAGCAAAGAUCACUGCAUUUACAGUGGAUAAAUAUAUUGUAUUGUAUUCUAAGUCUACAUGUAUGGAAGACUGCUACCCCUUGAUCUCGUUUCUAGAGAUUUUUCAGCUUUAAUUUUUUUGUGUUGUUCCUAUUAUUUUGUAUUUUAAUAAAGCAUUUUUGUAAACCAAAUACUGUGAUGAGAUGGAGAUUUAAAUGUUUGACAUUCACUUGUUUUAUACAUUUAUGUCCUGGCAACUGGCUAGCUUAGUUGGCUGGGGGCUUGGUGAAACGAGUAGCCUACACCGCUUUGCUUAGGUAGACACUUUUGUUUGUCAACUGCUCCAAUAAAGUAUAAUUUAACAUAAAUUUAA